AAGAAAAUGUCAAGUGUUUCCGUUCUGCCAAUAUAUAUUUAGACGUCAAUAUUUAUAAAUAUAAUUACACAUUACGCAAGCUAUUCGAGUGACAAAAAAUGCAAUCUUCUUGUUACAUGUCAAGUGAAACCUUAUUGAGGUGUAUACGCAAGAGACGAUCGGAGGAAAAACGUAUAAAUCAACAGAUACCGCAAGAUUUCAUCAAGAUGGACUACCUGAUUUAUUACACAUCUGCGCUGAUAAUCUCUUUCAGCCUCUUUUACGCGUAUGCCAAGUACAAGUUUUCCUAUUGGAGUAGACGCGGGGUGAAAAGUCCUCCGACGCAUUUGUUCUUUGGUAAUUUCAAGGACUGCAUCACCCUGAAGAAGUCGCCGGGUGAUAAGCUACGUGAAAUCUACAAUAGUGCCGAUCCAAACGACCCUUACAUCGGUUUUUAUGUCUUCCAUAAACCGCUAUUGCUCUUGCGGGACCACGAUCUGAUCAAACAGGUGAUGAUCAAGGAUUUUGAUGUCUUCCCGAAUCGGCGAUUUGGUUCAGGCAGUCAGAGAGACCCGAUAGGCCUGGACAGCAUCUUGUCCAUGCAUCAGCCUAGAUGGAAAUACGUUAGAAAUAAACUAACCUCAGUUUUAACCGGACAAAAACUGAAAAAAAUGAUACCACUGAUGAGAGAGAACGGAGAGCUCAUGUUGAACUUCAUCGAGAACCUGUCGACGAACGAGGAUGGCUGGAGUGAGUACGAGAUAAAAGAUAUCAGUAGUCGUUACACCACCGAUGUUUUGGCUUCUCUGACGUUUGGUAUUAACAUAAACUCUUUCGACGAUAACGAGACCGCUUUUUAUAAAACUGGUGUAACAAUCUUUAGAGGUUUUAUGCGCGGAAUUGUAUUCAUUAUUCAGUUCUUCAUACCUGAUUGGGACUUUUUAGUCGUACCGUUUAUUAACGGACCUGCGAAUUAUCUUCGCAAUAUUUUCUGGGACUCCAUGAAUACCAGAGAAAGGCUGGGAUUUAAAAGAGGAGACAUGAUAGAUUCCAUGUUGGCGCUCAAAAAUGGAGAACAAAAUCCCAUUUACAAGUUUGAAGGAGACAAUUUAGUGGCGCAGUCCUCCAGUUUGUAUAUAGCCGGAUUCGAGGCUACCGCGACUACGAUAGCUUAUACUCUGUAUAAUUUGGGGCAUCAUCCAGAGCAUCAAGACACUAUAUACAAUGAGAUACAAACGCAGUUAUCGGGAAAAGAAUUGACGAUGGAUCUGAUCAAUGGAUUGUCUUUCUUGGACUCUGUUGUAGUUGAAUCACUGAGACUACAUCCUCCUCUACCCGUCACUGACAGAAUAACUACAAGGGAUUAUGAGUUGCCAAAUUCUGGAUUAAUAAUCGAGAAGAAUAUUCCGGUGUAUGUUUCUAUAAAUGCGACAAAUCAAGAUCCCAAAUACUUUUCCAAUCCGCAAGACUUUAUUCCAUCGAGAACAGAAACAAAGGACGAAAAAAAGUUUUACGAAUCCUUGGCAUUCGGUAUUGGACCUCGAUCAUGUAUAGGACAGAGAUUUGGCCUAUUAAUUGUAAAAAUGGCGAUAAUUAUGAUCAUCUCGAAUUAUACUAUAUCUUACAAAGCAAAUAAGAAACAUGACAACAAAGCUAUUCACGUAUUCACAUACGCGUCGGAUGGUUUGUAUGUUAAGUUCAAGAAACGUAAUUAGGCACUUACUUCAAAUUAACACAGUGUAUUUUACUUAAUUUUAUUUCCAUAAUAUUAAAGUCAAACGCGUGUGACAUAUUUUAACCUUUUUAUUUUGCACAUAUUUAUCUGAUUUAGCUCUCAAUAAAUAUUUAAAAAAUGAAAUUGACCACAACGGUAUAAAGACG